AUGCGUGCCACCGCUCUCAUUUCCCUCCUGCUGGCCGCCGCCCCGGCCCUGGUCUCCGCUAAGGGUACUCUGGGUUUCUCGCUCGGUAACAAGAACCCCGACGGUUCCUGCAAGUCUACCAGCGACUAUGAAGCCGACUUCGAUGCUCUGAAGGGCCUGUCCACUCUCGUCCGUACCUACUCCGGCACCGAUUGUAAGACCCCUCAAAACAUCCUGCCUGCUGCCAAGAACAAGGGCUUCAAGGUCGUCCUGGGCAUGUGGGUUGGCAAGCCCACCGAUAAGAACAAUCUGUUGGAGGAGCCUUCCUUCAAGGGCGAUUGGGCCGCGAUCCAGAAGGCCAUCCCCGGCUAUGAAGACGUCAUUCACGCCAUUACCGUUGGCUCCGAAACCCUCUACCGUGGUGACCUGACCGGACCCCAGCUCCACACCUACAUCAGCCACGUGAUGAAGAAUGUUCCCGAGGGUGUUCUUGUCGGUACCGCUGAGAGCUGGAACAAGCUAGCUGAUGGUACUGGUGAUGCGCUCUUCACCCAGGAGCCCAUUGUGACUUAUGUCCUGGCCAACGCCUUCGCCUACUGGCAGGGUACUGCCGCCGACAAGGCCUACAAGACUUACUUCGACGACAUGGUCGGCGCCAUGGAGCACAUCCAGAAGAUUGCUGGUGAUAACGCGAACAAGAUCAACAUUGUUACCGGCGAGACUGGCUGGCCCACCGAUGGCGGUUCUGACUACGAGGAUGCCAAGGCCGGUACCAAGAAUGCUGAGAAGUUCUGGAAGACUGGUAUCUGCGGCAUGCUCGACUGGGGUGUUGAUCUGUUCUACUUCGAGGCCUUCGACGAGGCCUGGAAGCCCGAUACCAUGGGUGAUAACGGCGAGAUGAAGGAUGAGCAGCACUGGGGUCUCUUCGACGCGGACCGCAAGAUCAAGUUCGACACCACCUGCCCCAAAUAG